CUUGCAUCAACUGAGAUAGAUUCCGGUGUUUCCUCCAAGCAUAGUUCAGCAAAAGGUAUCAUGUCUAGCCACGUAGCAGCUCCAGGAAACCAAGCCAAUACCUUUGAAGACCUCACCGGUAUUUCAACUUCGGCUUUUAGCAAUCCAUAUGAUGCAUUGAUUUCAGCAUGCGAAGAUGACCCGGCACGAAUUCAAGAAAAGUACCAGUUACAUCGAACUACAAGGAACGCCCAGCAAAAGGCCAAAAUCCUUCAUGAUGACUUUACGGGUGUCAGCAUAGAUCCCAUUCUCUUGCGAUUGCACGAUCCUUCCGUCGAACCCGGCUUUGAGGACCCCCGCCAUUGCUUUGUCUUCUGGGGGCGACCAACGCAGAAGGUCAAGGACAUGAUACAUCGAGUGCAGCAAGAGCUACUUACCGUUGCACCUAACCUCUGGCUCAUGCCACAGGACAAACUCCAUAUCACCGCAUUGGAAGUGACGCACUCCAAGACUGCUCCGGAGAUCCAGAAGAUGGUCGACGGAGUGCGAGACAAGGUCCCAGCCAUUACCGACUAUACGUAUACUCAUCGCACACGCCUAAUCAAGCCUUUGAUAGGCUAUGAUGCCUCAGCACUGGCUCUAAGCUUUGUGCCUGCCGCCGGAGAAGGAUUGAGUUCAGGCCGUACCCUAGAGGAUGAUAAGUUUACCUAUCAUCACCUUCGCCGGGACCUCUUUUCCCUCUGUCGCGAUGCAGGACUCCAGGUUGAGUCUCGCUAUGUCGUACCGUCAAGCCAUCUGACAAUCGGCCGCUUCAUCAAUUCCAAGGACUUUGAAGGCGACCAGGGAGCGCUUGGUCCAGAAAAGAUGAAAGCUUUGAUGAACAAAAUUGAGGAAACAAAUGGAUGGCUUGAGAAGGAGUUUUGGCCGGAGCACAACGACGGCAAGAUACCAGAAGGAGGAGAGUUUAAUGUGGGGCAGGAGACGGGUCUGCACUGCCGCACGGGUACCCUUUGGUAUGGUGGUGGGGAGCCAGUGCACCAAGGCAAAGGCUACUGA